CAUUGUAUCUUGGACUAGUGCCAGAAUAUGUUGCAGAAAAGCCGUUCCUUAGACGAGAUGAGAUGUUCUAUUUGCUACAAUGCCUUUUUACAUGAAAAGUCUACCUAAUUUGUGGCAGAAAUAGACUUCAGCUGCAAGAACAACACUGAUGGCGGGGCUUGGAACGUUGAUUUUAGAGUCAGAGAAUAUUGCAGGAUGCUCGAGUGCCACUGUCAGGGACUAUGUCAAGAGAGUGCUCACUUCAGAAAUCAAGGACAUAUCUCGCUACGCUCUUAUUCCACACAUGGUGGUGGUGACUUUGGAAAAUGUCGUUCAGGACUUUGGUGCGGCCGAGUCAGCGGUGAGUGUGUGCCCGCUGGUGGGGAAGUCUGUGUGUGUGCGGCUGGCAGAGAGCGGCUCGGCUCUUGUGGUCAGCGGCAUGGAGCAGUUCCCUCUUCCCUGGGAGUGCCUCAUAGACUACCUGGAGGUCUGCUUUGCCGAUGGCAGACACUGCGUCUCCUACUGCACCGUUUGGCCCGACUCAGAUUAUGCCCUGGUCGAUUUCCUCACUGAUGAGUGGGCAGUGCGGAAGAAAGUCCUGGAUGCUGUGCCUCAUUUUCCCAUGGGUGAAGAGAACGUUGGCUGCAGGAUGAGUUUUGAACCUUAUUACAUCAAUUUUCAUGAUGUUUUGUUUCAAGACUUGGGACUUGGAAAAGAAGUACCCCCAUAUGUGGAGGAGAGUGGUAUGGUCCCUUCUUUGGUUGAAAAUGUGGACCCAGAGAAAGAUGUCGAUGGUUUGUCAACUCACGCUCCGGCACCAGAUGCAUGUCGUGCGGAAUGGGAUGGAAGGGGCAACGAUAUUUAUGAGGACAAGGGCAACGAUAUACAGCUGGACGUCCUAACUUGGAAUGAAGAAGUUACCGUAGCUCAUGCUUCUACAGAAGAAAAUGACCAAAAUGAUGAUGAUGUUCACCAUCAGAGAGUGAACGUAGAACAUAACGAUAGAGAUGUUCACCAUCAGAGAGUGAACGUAGAACAUAACGAUGGAGAUGUUCACCAUGUGAACGUAGAACAUAACGAUGGAGAUGUUCACCAUCAGAGAGCGAACGUAGCCCACGAAGAUGGCUCUCAUGACGUGACCAGUCCCCACGACCAUACCUCAGCUGUGCCGUCCGCUGUGCGAGGUGACACUGGCCAAACGUGGGCAGUUUCUGUAGAGGGCACGAGUGUUCGAAAAGAGACGGGUGAUAAAAGAGUCCCAACCUCAAGACCGUCUACCGCUAGGUCGAGAAAGUCGAGCUUUUCUCUCGGUCAUUUCUCAAGGGAGGUUACAGUUGUGGGAAUAAAAACACAGCAAGGUAACGACGGCAGCCUGCAGAGACAAACUGGCCUGAGGAGCGACACGUUCCAAGGUUGUGGUCGGCGAGGGCUGCUGUACCGAUCCCUGGCCACUCCACUCGACUGCCGUCAGCUCGCUGAAGAGCAGACAUCUCUGGAGAGGAAGCUGCUUGCUCGGGAAAAGGAAAAGGAGCAACUGAAUCAAAUUCCUGAAUGCUGUAAUCUGUCCAAGGAAUUUGCUCUGCCCAAACUUCACAUGAAAGUUCUUGAAAGGAAAUGUAAGUCGACCAAGGAAUGCUCGAUGCAUUUUGAUUCUGACAAUAGAAAAGUUGUGCUUGUUGGAACUCCCGAAGGAGUCCAAAAAUGUGAACGGGAAUUGGAUGAAAGGAAAGAGAAUAUUGAAGAACGAUUUGUCCAGCUCUCACCAAACAUGUCACAAAUCUUGAGGCAAGAGAUGGGCAAAGCUUUUCUGAAUGAACAUUUGGCCGAGCUGUGCUGGGAGUUGAGAGAGUACGCGUUGUACGUGGCUGAGGACGACAAACACAGAUUAGACGCCGCUGUGGCAUCGCUCAAGGACCGGCUCCAUCACCGACUGGUGGAGAAAUACAUCGGGGACAUUCCUGGCCAAACGCAGAAUGUGAUUGCUUCUCAGGUUCAAGCAUUGUUCAAGCUGCUGGUUGUUGUUGAACCACGUCAUCAUUCGUUCAUUAUUGAAGGGGUGAAAGAUGAUGUGGAAAUGGCAAGAAUUAGGCUGACAGAUUUGUUAAGGGAACAUGCCUUGUUUGAAAGAACGUUUGAGGUAGAAGGAGAAAAAGCAGAAUAUUUUGAUACUUUCCUGCGGAACCAAGUGAUGAAAGUUCCCUCUGAUGUCCAAGCCUUUGAGCCGGUGUAUGAUCGUGGGACAUUCCGUGUCAAAUACAAGGGAAAACUGGACAAUGUGAGGCAAGUACUGCAAGAACGGAGGAUUCUGGAAGAAAGGGUCACCGUGAGAAAGUUUAGCAUUGGUAAAGAGUUCAGCAAAAGAAAGGAAGAUGUGCCUUUGAUCUUAGCGCACUUAGAUGAUGACGACUUUCGGAGCAUUUUAAAAACACUCGAGCGAAAGCACAGAAGUAUCUUAAAGUGUGAGAAAAAGUUCCAGUCUCAAAGAUUGGAGGAGAACGUGGAACAAGCUGAGAGAAAAGAUGCUCCUGCCUUGACAGGGACAAGUCUAGUGGCUCAGGCUGGAGACAACUGUGAGGUCCUCAUCAAGGCACACGGGAACAUCUUGAAAGAGCAGUCGGACGUUCUGGUGUGUGUCGAGGGAGAGAACUUUGACAUGAGCAAAACGACCGUCGCGCAGGCGUUUCGGAAAGUUUCUCCUCUGAUGGAAGGAGAGCUUCACAGUGCCCGAAAUGCCCGGGACGCAGCGUCCUCUGACGUGAUUGUCACCCAAAAUACCUGUGAUGACCUUCCGUGUCGGGCGGUUGUGCAUGUGGCCUUAACACGCUGGAAUCAGGACACUUCCCCGCGCCACUUUGCUCAGGUCCUACAACAGGCCCUGCGCGUCUCUGGCACUCCUGAAGUCACGUCGAUCGCUUUCCCUCCUAUGGGCUGUGGACGAGCCUUCAGCUUCCCGCCGGCUCAAGAAGCCAGGAUAGUUCUUGCUACCAUGAAGGAAGUCCUACGUGGCACGGACGUGAAGUCUUUGACAAGAAUCAGUCUGAUGGCGUCCAACCGACAGCUCUACAGUGAAUAUAAACGAUUAAUCACUGAUUUUUUCCCACUAAAAUCUACUUCUCAUGAGGAAAAUGUGAAACAAGAAAGGUCGAACAAAGAGAAUUCCUGGCUGUUUGAGUGCACUGACGGCCUCACAGAUGCUGAAAUAACUGUUUUGUUGCAGGGACAAAGGAGCAAUGUCUUGGUGACUCAUCUCAAACAAAAGAUUCAGGAAAUAUUUCUUCACGUAGAACAGUUCAAUGACAAGCUCAUGGAGGAUUGGCCCACCUGUACUCUGGACAACAUUUCUGCAGAAGCCAGCAGAGCAAAAGUGUGGCUGUCAAGGCCGUCCUUCAAAACAUCGUGCUUUCUGUUGAAAGGAAAGAAGAAAUCAGUCACGGAAGUGCUGGUGUUCAUCAAAGCCCAGUCAAGACGACUGGCCGUUCAUCUACCACGGAGGAGAAUACAGGAUGCACCCAACAGGGACACUACGGAGUUUGUCUCGUACGCUUUGAGUUGCGAUGAAUUAUUUCCAUCUUACUGGUCGCUGAACUCACCAGCUAAAGUGUUGGAAAUAAAGGAAAGUUAUGACCCGGAUUUGCACGAGAAGAUAGUGGAUGUGGAUCAACAAACCUUUGACUGUAUCGCCAAGCUCGUGGCCGACACGUGGGAUGCGACGCGUUUUGGAAUCGGAAGUGAUGCCAAAAGGUUGAAAGAACUGAACUGCAGUCAGUUGCGAGUAUUGAAAGUCCAGCGAAUUGAAAACCCUGCUUUGUUUGACAGAUACCACUUGCACAGGAUUGAAAUUCUUCGAAGAACUGAAAAAAAUGGGCAGCUGUACCCGAAGCUAGAGAGUGUGUCCCCAUUCCAGACACAGCCGGAAACAAUGCGGUUGGACCAAUUCCUGGCGAAAGAGUUGCUGCGGGAGAUCAACGAACACUACUUUUUCCACGGGACCCACGCAGGCACGGCGGGGGCUGUGGCCAAGCAAGGUCUGGACCCUCGUAUCGCGAACCCUGGCGCCAUGGCUGGGAGAGGAGUCUACUUGGCUGAGAAAUCCACCAAAUCUGACCAGUACGCUGAUCCCCGUAACCAGCGCACCCCCCUAGGCACCCCCCUCACCCUCCUGUUGGUCAGAGUCGCCCUGGGGAAUGUGUUUCACGUGGAUCGCAGCCACCCAAGUCUUCAGUCACGCCAUGGAAACAAACUGCUUGGGCCGCCGUGCACGAACUGUCAAUCUGAUGAACCGUGCAACUGCAAGAAGCCGCGCUACGACUCGGUUCUCGUUGAAGACACUUCGUUUCUGUUCAGGGAGUUCGUGGUGUACGAUAGAGCGCAUUGCUACCCAGAAUACAUUGUGACGUACGUCAGAGAGUAGAGCAGGUGCCGUCAGUUUCUGAAUCUCUGGAGUUGGGACUGUCAAACCACAUGCAGCACUCGUGUCUUCUGGUUUUCUUACCUGAUGUUGCGUUCAUUGUUGCAAAGUUCUUGUUUUCAUGGUUUAGAUUUGUUUAAUUCUUAGUUCUAGUGUGUUCGUAAGUGCUGAUACCUUUUGUUUUUACGGCUGUCCUUACAUGUAUGUAGUUGCUGUAUGGUUGUGAACGUUCUUCUUUAUGUGGUGGAACUGGUUUUUCUUGUUACUGUGAAAUGUUUUUAUCUUGUGUGAAUCGCUC